UCGGGGGUGUGGUCGAGGGCGUGCUGGCAGAUGCCGGCGCGCGGGCCGCUGCCAUUGGUCGGCCGCCGUGUGUGGCGCGAAGGCGGAAGCGCCCCGUGUCGGUUCCUCGCGGCGGAAGCGUCGCCAUUUGCCGGCGUCGGCGCGUGUGGAGCGAGCGGCGGAACGAUGCCGGGAGCGCGGCGCUCGCUGGCCUCCCCGGUGGUGAGCGGCGUGCUCUGUCCCUGCGACUCCCCGCGAGCCGCCGGAGCGGGACCCGGCACGGGGACGGAGGGCGGCGGCGGGAUCGGCAGCGCGGGCUCCUGCGGGCGGUCUCUGUGCGAGGCCUCCGAGCAGGACCGGCGCCUCCGCGCCCUCUUCCAGAAGCUCGACGUGAACCGCGACGGCGCGCUCUGCAUCCACGACCUGGCCGUGGGCCUGGGCCGCCUCGGUCUGCACCGUACCGAAUUGGACCUUCUGAAAAUUGUGAAGGCUGGAGACAAGGACUUGGAUGGACAGCUGGAUUUUGAGGAAUUUGUUCACUAUCUCCAAGAUCAUGAAAAAAAGCUGAGACUGGUCUUCAAGAGUUUGGAUAAGAAGAAUGAUGGCCGCAUUGAUGCCCAGGAGAUUGUGCAGUCUCUUCGGGACCUGGGAGUCAAGAUCUCUGAACAGCAGGCUGAGAAGAUACUGAAGAGAAUAAGGACGGGACACUUCUGGGGUCCUGUCACCUACAUGGAUAAAAAUGGGACAAUGACAAUCGAUUGGAAUGAGUGGCGCGACUAUCACCUGCUGCACCCAGUGGAAAACAUUCCUGAAAUCAUCCUCUACUGGAAGCACUCAACGAUCUUUGAUGUAGGAGAGAAUUUGACUGUCCCGGAUGAGUUCACAGUGGAAGAGAGGCAGACAGGGAUGUGGUGGAGACAUCUGGUUGCAGGUGGAGGUGCAGGUGCCGUGUCCAGAACCUGCACAGCUCCCUUGGACCGCUUGAAAGUGCUCAUGCAGGUCCAUGCCUCCCGCAGUAACAACAUGUGCAUCAUCGGUGGCUUUACUCAAAUGAUCCGAGAGGGUGGCACGCGCUCGCUGUGGCGAGGGAACGGCAUCAACGUGUUGAAGAUUGCGCCGGAAUCUGCCAUCAAGUUCAUGGCCUACGAGCAGAUCAAGCGCUUCAUCGGCACCGACCAGGAGAUGCUGAGGAUCCAUGAGCGGCUCUUGGCUGGGUCUCUGGCAGGGGCCAUUGCGCAGAGCAGCAUUUACCCAAUGGAGGUUCUGAAAACACGGAUGGCUCUGAGGAAGACAGGACAAUAUUCAGGCAUGCUGGAUUGUGCCAAAAACAUCCUUUCAAAGGAAGGAAUGGCUGCCUUCUACAAAGGCUACAUCCCCAACAUGCUGGGAAUCAUUCCAUACGCUGGUAUUGACCUGGCAGUCUAUGAGACACUGAAAAAUACCUGGCUGCAGCGCUAUGCUGUCAACAGUGCUGACCCUGGGGUCUUCGUUCUGCUGGCUUGUGGCACCAUCUCCAGUACCUGUGGACAGCUUGCUAGUUACCCACUGGCUCUUGUGAGGACACGCAUGCAGGCCCAAGCUUCAGUGGAAGGUGCUCCUGAAGUGACCAUGAGGGGACUGUUCAAACAUAUCCUGAAGACAGAAGGAGCAUUUGGUCUUUACCGGGGUCUGGCACCGAACUUUAUGAAGGUGAUCCCAGCUGUAAGCAUCAGCUAUGUGGUUUAUGAGAACUUGAAGAUGACUCUGGGCGUGGAGUCACGGUGACCAGGAGAUGCUGAGGACCUGGAACUCUGAAAUCUUGGGGUGCAAUCCCAAGACGUACAGCCAUCUCUCAUUCUGUGAAUGUGUUGACACUAAGCUGACUAAGCAAAGCUGUGAAAUCUUCAGAUUGUUUGUGAGUCAGUAAGGGGGAGGGGAGGAUCUGGUGUCCUUUGCCAUCUUGCUACUCAGAGCUCCACAUUAAACCAUCACAUGGGCCUUUUGGUUGGGCCUUUUGGGAGAGUCUCAAGGCAUGAGCUGCCGAGGUCAGUUCCCAGCAGUAUGGCAGAGUAGCAAAGGCCUGGAUAACAGGUCUGCUUUCAGCGUGUUGUGUGUGCAGAGCUCUUUGCCUGCAGAUGAGCACCUUCUGACUUGCUGAAAGAGCUUCUUUUUCCAUUCAAAGAGCUUCUUUUUCCAUUCAGUUGUUGAAAUUUGUACAAACCUUGUGUAGGAGCUGCUGCCACACCAGGCUUGUUGUUAUGUUUACAUAUAUUCCUUUGGGUAGGAGACAUUCAUGUUCUGCUUCCAAGACUUGACAUGAAAUGUAACUUUUGAACUAUACUGGUUUUGAGGGCUGGUGGGCAGUGGUUUAUCCAGACAGGCUGAAGGUUACUUAGGCCAGCCUAAUGAAGAAUUAGGAUUAUUUAUUUUUAUAGGUUUAAGUGUGUCUCAUAAAUCCACUAACCAGAUGCACUUACUAACAGAAGCAGCAGACCAGAGCCUGCAUGCCUGUAUCCUUUGCAUGCUGGAUUGGCUUGUCCUAUACUCAGCAGGGGCUUGGAAAGGGGAGGGCAGGAGAGCCUUGAGUGAACUGGCACCUUGAUGUGUGGCUUUAGUGAACAAAAGACAAUUAUUUCACAGCUUCUCUGCAGUUGUGCUCCCAACAUGACAUGAGAGCCCCUGUGAGUGUUGCAUGGACCUCUGAAUUCCAUUCUGCCUGGUGCUGAGGAUAGCUGGUGGACCUUUUCCAAGCCCCGUGCCUACGCUGCUAUCUUAUCUCUUUAGACCUCUUUGUAGAUUGAUGUUCAAGUUUGCAUUAGUGGGAGGGAGUCCCCGAGCCAGGAGUUGUCUGCUGUGGGAAGGGGUGUUAGGCAGAGAGUCACUGGGAGAGGUGAGCUUUUGGUCCUGAAGAUAUGCUUGCUUUUUUUUCAAAGGGUGCUGUUCAUAAAGCUGAGGGAAAGAAAUGGCUUUAAAAUUUCUCUGACUGCAUUAUGGGCUGCUUGAGUUGAUAGGAUCUGGCUUCAGAGGCCUGGGAGAUCCUCAUCCAACUUUUCAUUCUGAGCAAAACGGACCAGCGUUGCAUUCCACUGUUUUACUGCUUAAAGCAUAUUUAUUUUGUAUUUAUUUGAACAGAGUUAUGUCAGACUAUUUUUAUAGACUUGUUUAAAUAUUGUUGCUGUGCUUAUAGUUCUGUUCUAAAAAGUUCUCUUAUUUGUUCUCUGACAUCACACGGCUGAGUCGUGGGGAGGGACGCUCAAGUCGCAGGAGUACCUUCCCUUUGGGGCUUGAGCUGCCUUCUGCACGUCUGGGGUUGUUGCUGGAGGACCUCAGCCCAGAGAAAUUCUGUAGCAAGAAGCCAUAGGAGAGCAGGGAGCUGGUGAGGAAGCAGACUCUUGUGAGGAGGGGAGAAGGGUGCGCUGUGAGGCUCACUGGAGUUUGGAAUUGCCUCUGUGUGUGGCUGAAAGGCUUUUGGGUGGAUGGCUGAAGAUGGGAAGUAGAAGGUAUGUGUAUGUUGCAUGUCACAAUGGCUAAUUGAGAGGGAUCUUGGGGAAUCUUUAGGUAAAGUGGGAGGGGAGAAAUCUCAGGGUCUAAAGAAAACACAAGUUUCCAGUGAGAUGGAAGGAAACUUACACUUGGACAUAAGCUGCUGCAGUUGUGCUUUGAGACUGAAUCAGCAGCCCCUGCUGCUGACCCACUGCUCUUCACUUGCAGAUGGGCACUCUGGAAAUGAGAGGAAUCAGAAAAGGAUUUGCUAGCACCCAGCAGCUGCUUUUUGCUGAUAGAUUUUUGGUAGUUCAUGGAGAGCCUUCCAGGUAAGGCUCUGCCUUGACUACCCAGUGCUGUCAGUAGUUAGCCAUGUGGAAAUCUAACAAAUUUGGAUAUUACUGAUCUGAUUUUUUUCCCCACCCCUACUUCUUGAGACCUGUCACAAACUUUGCAGUGGCUCCUUCCUACCAGUGUGGCCUAAUGGGAAUAUGAAUAUCAGAAUGCAAAAAUCAAUGCAAAAUGACAACCAUCUUUGUAGCUGUAACCACAAAUUGUUAUAAUGCAAAUCUAACUCAGAUUCUUCAUGUAGGGAACAGUCUGCUAAUAAAGGUCUGUCA